AUGAAGCCGUCAACUAGUAAUCAGGCGGUACGAUCUCCACUUAUCACAACUUCUCCCAAAAAAUAUAUCGGUGGCGGAGGACCUUCGGGAGCACAGACUGCUCCUGUGGGAACGUCUUCUGGAGUCGGAGGAGCACAAGCAUUUCUGGGAAAAUGUCAGGAUGAAACAAAUCAAUCACAAGGAAGUCAAGAUUUUGCAAGAUUGAUCCAUACUCGAUAUCUAUCCGACAAAGAGAAGAUUCUAUUGGAUGCCCUUACAGAAUAUAAAAGGGUUGGGUACAAGAGAACACUUGCUAAAAUUAUAUCAAUGAUACUCGUAUGCAUAUUUCUCCUUGUUUUCACAGUGGUCUCCAUUGGUUGUUGGUCAGAGCAUCUCGAGCUUACGGAACAUUUGGGCGUUUAUGAUGAGAGAUAUGUCAGGACACGGAAGAGAAACCAAAGCGAAGUGGUUCUUGAUUGUCCGAUGAUCGGGUUCAUAGGAAGCAUUUGGUCUCCACAGAGUUCGCAUGUCGACUUGUUUGGCAAGAUCAUUUCCAUCAUAUCGAUUAGGAAACUUAUUCAACUGAUAAUCCGUCUAAUUCGAUGCAUCCGUCUGAAAACGACCACCGAGGCAGAAGCACGAAAACACGUGGAUGAGACUCAAAAAGAUUUGAACGGAUUGGCCGAGUCAAUAAUUGAAACUUUAUGUGAAGUGUAA